UGUUUGGAAAUUGUUAUUAGUUUGAAGAUGUGUCGUAUCCUUUGGGUACAAAAAAACCCAUUUGCCUUCCAUUUUUAACUCACUGAAUUCCUUCUCUCUUCUCUUCAUUUCUACUUUUGCUACUUGUCUUUCUUCAAUUAGAAAGGGAGCCCACAAGGUGAAAGCCAUGGAUGUGCAAGAGGUUCUUCACAUGGUUGGAGGAGAAGGAGAAACCAGCUAUGCAGUCAACUCCACCUUCCAAAAAACAGGGACAACAAUUGCAAUGAAGGUGGUAUUGGAGGGCAUAAUGAAAGUUUACAACAGCACCCUCCCUCAGUGUUUGUGUAUAGCAGAUUUGGGAUGUUCUUCAGGAACCAACAGCCUAUUGGUACUCACACAGAUUAUAGAUACUAUUGAAUCGGUACGAAACCGGUUGGGUCAUCCAUUGCUUGAAUACCAAGUGGCACUAAAUGAUCUUACAGGUAAUGACUUCAACACCAUUUUCAAGUCUUUGCCAGCUUUAUAUGAGAGACUCAAGAAGAAGAAGGGAGAAAGGUUUGGUCCAUGUUUCAUAUCAGGACUGCCUGGUUCUUUUAUUGGAAGGCUCUUCCCAUGCAAUACUAUACACUUUGUUCACUCUUCCUACAGUGUUCAUUGGCUCUCUCAGGUUCCUAUUGGACCUGAGGAUAACAAGGGACAAAUUUACCUGGCCAAGACAAGUUCUUCUAGUGUGCGUAAGGCAUACUUGGAGCAAUUUCAGAAGGAUUUCUCAGUAUUCCUAAGGUCACGUUAUGAUGAACUAGUACCUGGAGGCCAUAUGGUCAUGACAAUGCUUGGAAGUAAAAGUGAGGAUCCAUUUAGCAGAGAUUUUUGUACCCUCAUGGAGCUUUUAGCAAAGUCACUCAAAGAUCUGGUCUCAAAGGAAGGCAGAAGUAAUCAUCAAGAAAUCUUUGACGUGAAUUGGGAUCCUAAUGACGAUAACCAUAAUGAAGGAUUCAUGUUUGACAAUAUCUCUAGUGCAAGAAAUGCAGUAAGGUGUGUAAGAGCUGUUACAGAGUCUAUGUUUGUUCAUCAAUUUGGAGAAGCUAUAAUAGACAACUUGUACCAGAGAUACACAGAGAUUAUUGCUGAGCACUUGUCUAAGGAGAAUGCCAGAGAGAAGUCCAAAUAUGUUAGUCUAUUAAUUUCCUUGAAGAGGAAAUGAUGGCUCGUAUGUGGAAUUGAAUUGCUGACAAAUUCAUCUAUCAAUAGCAAUUACUGUAUUUUAUCUUUCUUUUUGGGUGAAAGUAUAUGGACACUUUUUUGUUUUUUGGGUUGUGUGAAAAUACCAUAUGUUAUCUCA